CGACGCGCCUGUCACUUCCGAGCUGCGAGCGGCGACCAAUAUCAGCAGACAGACGAUGCCGGAAUUAAAUUGCAAUUCGUGCAAUUGAAUACCCAAUUCAUGAAAUAAAAGAACGCAUUCCCUUUCGUCGCUGAUACACCAGGUGUUUUAUUCAAGGAGUAAGGUGUUGCUGCCAUUGUCAUCAGAUAAACACAUAAGGGCAGAAGAAGAAGGACCAGGAACUUAAUCCCUUGCCCUGUCAGUGGCAGCAGGAUUCAUUCUCUCUCCAACCAUUCACACCUUAGAGUUAGAGGAGCUAUCCUGGUGAUAAACUACCUGCUCAGAGCAUAAACCCUGGGACCCUACCUUGGGUUCUACAGUGAAAUAACUCAUCCCCCCCGCACAGACACACCCAGUCAGGAUGAAGCUGAAAGAGGAUCUGAACCCAGUGCUGCUGCUACUCUUCCAGGUGACGGUGUGGCUGUACUCUGUCCUAGCCUUCCUCCCCUCCUACCUCUUCAGCUCUGUGUCAGAAUCAGACGCAGGCCUCGGCUCAGAACAGGAGCGGGCUCAGAGACUCAAGGCCCAGUCUGUGACGGGUCGCCCCGCGGGGCCCUACAGGGCCAUGGGCGCCACCAAGAGGCUGGUGUCGUCCCUGCACCCCGGGCUAGACACACUGGAUAAGGUGUUUGAGGAUGCAUCCAGAAGGUUCCCUGACAGAGACUGCCUGGGCACCAGAGAGGUGGUCAUGGAGGAGGAUGAGAAACAGAGCAACGGAAAGGUCUUCAAGAAGGUGAUCCUGGGGCAGUACCGCUGGCUGUCCUAUGCUGAGACCCACAAGGCAGCAGCACGCUUUGGCAGUGGUCUUGCAGCGCUGGGCCAGAGGGCCCACAACAACAUUGCCAUCUUCUGUGAGACCAGGGCCGAGUGGGUCAUAGCCGCACAUGCGUGCUUCAUGCAAAACUUCCCCUUGGUCACUCUGUACUCUACCCUGGGGGGUCCGGCCAUAACUCACGGUCUGAACGAGACAGAGGUUAGUCACAUCAUAACCAGCAGAGAGCUACUGGAGACCAGACUCAAGUUCAUCCUGCUGGAGGUGCCCAGGCUGCAGCACAUCAUUGUGGUGGAUGACACACCCACCAAGUGGCCUGGUUACCCACGAGGCAUCAGUGUCCACAACAUGGCCACCGUUCAGGAGCUGGGGACCAAGCCUGAGAAUGUGUCUCGUGGGCGUAAACAGCCCAUGCCCUCUGACAUCGCUGUCAUCAUGUACACCAGCGGCUCCACUGGCGUACCCAAGGGCGUCAUGAUCUCCCAUAGCAACAUCAUUGCUGGCAUCACUGGCAUGGCAGAAAGGAUACCCAACCUGGGUGAGAAUGACACCUACAUCGGGUACCUCCCCCUGGCCCAUGUGUUGGAGCUGAGUGCAGAGCUGGUGUGUGUGGCUCACGGCUGCAGGAUCGGCUACUCCUCCCCCCAGACGCUAGCGGACCAGUCAACAAAGAUUAAAAAAGGCAGUAAAGGAGACACCAGUGUUCUGCAGCCUACUCUAAUGGCAGCUGUACCGGAGAUAAUGGAUCGUAUCUAUAAGAAUGUGAUGACCAAGGUGGAGGAAAUGAGCAGUGCUCAGAGGACUCUGUUCACUCUGGCCUACAACUACAAGCUGGAGCAGCUCUCGCAGGGACGUAGCACGCCACUGUGUGACAACCUCGUGUUUAAGAAGGUUCGGUCCCUCCUGGGGGGGAAGACCAGGGUGCUGCUGUCGGGCGGGGCACCCCUCUCUGCAGCCACCCAGCGCUUUAUGAACGUGUGCUUCUGUUGCCCCGUGGGCCAGGGCUACGGCCUCACCGAGACCUGCGGAGCUGGCACCAUCAGCGAGAUGUGGGACUACAGCACAGGGCGAGUUGGAGGACCGCUCGUUUGUUCUGAAAUCAAGCUCAAGGAUUGGGUGGAGGGUGGCUACCACAGCACAGACACGCCCAACCCACAAGGUGAGAUCCUGAUUGGCGGGCCCAACGUUACCAUGGGUUACUACAAGAAUGAGGCCAAGAACCAGGACUUCUUUGUGGACGACAACGGCCAGCGCUGGUUCUGUACGGGAGACAUAGGAGAGGUCCAUCCUGAUGGAUGCCUCAAGAUCAUUGAUCGUAAGAAGGACCUGGUUAAGCUCCAGGCAGGAGAGUAUGUGUCUCUGGGGAAGGUGGAGGCCAUGCUGAAGAACUGCCCCCUUAUAGACAACAUCUGUGCCUACGCCAACAGUGAAGAGAUGUACGUGAUUGGCUUUGUGGUGCCCAAUCAGAAGCAUCUGCUGUCGCUAGCGGAGCAGUAUUGUAUCCGGGGCUCGUGGGAGGAGCUGUGUAACAACGCUGCCAUGGAGGGGGUGGUCCUGCAGGUCAUCACUGAGGCUGCCCUAUCAGCCCAGCUGGAGCGGUUUGAGAUCCCCCGUAAGAUCCGUCUGAGCCCCGACCCCUGGACCCCCGAGACGGGCCUGGUGACCGACGCCUUCAAGCUCAAACGCCAGCAGCUGAAGAGUAAGUACCAGGAUGACAUCGAGAGAAUGUAUGGCGGGAAGUAGGACCAGACCAGAACCUCUCCAAGCACAGAUCCAGCAUCUGCCUCAAGCCUCCAAGCUUUUAGCUCCAUCCUUCUAUCCCCACCAGACCCCCAUCCCGGACGAGCCCCCAGAAGCACUCAAUUUACUUGAAUCUACUUUAUUCUAAUGAGACCAAAAAAGAUAGACAGAGAGAGAGAUAGAGGGAGAGAAAUAGAUAGAGAAACAGAUUGAGAAAGAUAGAGGGAGAGAAAUAGAUAGAGAAACAGAUUGAGAAAGAUAGAGGGAGAGAAAUAGCAAUAUCAAAGAGAGGAGGCUGUGUUGGAAUAUUUCUACUGUUCAUUCGAUGAAAUGGCUUUGCUUAAAAAUUCUAAUCAAUAGACAAUAAAUAAAGCCCUGAAGACUGUUAGAGAGAAGGAUUAGUUAGGAGAGAGUAAGUAAAGGGUGUUGUUGGAACACCCUAAUAUCUCCAUGUUCAUUCCACUUCUUGCCCAUGUUCAUUCCACUUCUUGCCCAUGUUCAUUCCACUGCUUGCCCAUGUUCAUUCCACUUCUUGCCCAUGUUCAUUCCACUUCUUGCCCAUGUUCAUUCCACUUCUUUCCCAUGUUCAUUCCACUGCUUGCCCAUGUUCAUUCCACUGCUUGCCCAUGUUCAUUCCACUUCUUGCCCAUGUUCAUUCCACUUCUUUCCCAUGUUCAUUCCACUGAUUGCCCAUGUUCAUUCCACUGCUUGCCCAUGUUCAUUCCACUUCUUGCCCAUGUUCAUUCCACUUCUUGCCCAUGUUCAUUCCACUUCUUGCCCAUGUUCAUUCCACUUCUUGCCCAUGUUCAUUCCACUUCUUGCCCAUGUUCAUUCCACUUCUUGCCCAUGUUCAUUCCACUUCUUCCCCAUGUUCAUUCCACUUCUUGCCCUCUUUGGAGAUGGUUUUCCUCCAGAUGUGAGUUAUGAGACAGGACAGAUAAGGUCAUGUUGCCUGUUGAUCUCUCUCUCUAUCUGUGUGUGUGCGUGCGUGCGCGCGACAAGGACAAGAACUGGAGGAGAAACAGCACAUUUUCCGUUGCCUGUUGAGCUCAUGUCUGGUAGUGGUCCCGUGUGGCUUCGUUGGUACAGCAUGGCAUAUGCCUGGGUUGUGGGUUUGAUUCCAACGGGGGACCAGUACCAAUGAAAAUGUAUGCACUCACUACUGUAAGUUGCUCUGGAUAAAAUCGUCUGCUAAAUGACUAGUGAGUGUUGUUGACCGUUAUUGAAGCACAAGCUCAGGUUAGUUGGAAAACAUUGUUUUAACACCAAUGCUCUUCUGUCUGAGGGUGUCAGGAAUGCUAAGCCAUGAGAGCCUGUAGAGUGUAAGUACCAUUAACAUUGCAAUUAAUAGCUGUUAUAUAAUUAUUCGUUUUUCUCCUUUAAUUAUGUGAUUCUGUCCACAUUAGUCUAGAGUCCUCAUUGGCUGAUUCUCUCUACAAGUUCCAAAUCCAGGGCUCCUCUUUGGCUAAUUCUCAGCCCUGUUCCUGAAGCCAGGUUUUUCCAUUGCUUAUUCUCUGGUUUAUUUCAGAACCUAGUUCUGCCCGGAGACUAGUCUUAUUUCCUGCAGGACAGGAAGCAACUAGCUGUCGUCGUUUCUUUUUGUUGUGGUUGUUCUGUUUUGUUGAUCCUGUUUCUCCUGCUUAGUGAGGCUUUAGCACUGUGAUUUCUAUUAGAUUCCCAUCUGCCCAUCUGAUCCUACAGGCACAAAGUCAACAGAAGGUUCAGAGAGACUAAGAUAAUGACUUUAUUGUGCCCAUGGGGAAAUGUGUGUUGUGGCUAGGGCAGGGAAAUGUUGAGUCUCUGCACCUAGAAUAAAAACCUUUCGCGGUGAAUAUACACGACAUGGACAAAAGUAUGUGGACACCUGCUCGUCGAACAUCUCUUUCCAAAAUCAUGGGCAUUAAUAUGGAGUUGGUCCCCCCCUUUGCUGCUAUAACAGCCUCCAUUCUUCUGGGAAGGCUUUCCACUAGAUGUUGGAACAUUGCUGCGGGGACUUGCUUCCAUUCAGCCACAAGAGCAUUACUGAGGUUGGAACUGAUGUUGGGCGAUUAGGCCUAGCUAGUAGUCGGCAUUCCAAUUCACCACAAUGGUGUUCAAUGGGGUUGAGGUCAGGGCUCUGUGCAGGCCAGUCAAGUUCUUCCACAUCAAUCUUGACAAAACAUUUCUGUAUUGACCUCGCUUUGUGCAGGGGGGCAUCGUCAUGCUGAAACAGGAAAGGGCCUUCCCCAAACUGUUGCCACAAAGUUGGAACCACAGAAUUGUCUAGAAUGUCAUUGUAUGCUGUAGCGUUAAGAUUUCCCUUCACUGAAACUAAGGGGCCUAGCCCGAACCAUGAAAAACAGCCCCAGACCAUUAUUCCUCCUCCACCAUUGGCAACUCUAGCAGGCCAGAUAUUUGACGAACUGUCUUGUAGGAAAGGUGGCAUCCCUAUCACGGUGCCAUGUUGAAA